ACUGUCAGUUGAUCAAGGGUUGGCGAGCUGGUGAGUCCCGCUGUGUCCGCCUCCCACCGUAACCUGGAUCUCUAAUACGUCGUAUAGUGCGUGUUGUGGUUGGUCGAGGUGGUAGCUAGCGCUCUCAGCCAAUGCCUUAGCCUUCACCUAGCCUACGGCCAUCGUUUUGUCCCUGGUUCAUGACUAGGGACUGGGACUAUUUCCCAGCCCCCAGGAAGCCCCCAGUCAGCCCCCAGCCUAUCCCCAGCCCUCAGCCAAACAUCUUGUUAAAUGGAUAAUUUGUGUAACUGCUAGAGUGCCUAACGGCCAAUUCCAUUUUGUUUGGUGUGAUCGCGAGGAAUCAUGGGUGAGUUCUUCCAGAGACAGCUUAAUCUCAGUCGUGCGAAGCUAAAAGCUACCAGAGAAACGUCCGGACUCAUCUGCGGCUUUGCUCUAGUAGCCAUUGUGGAACUGCAGCUGAUAGACAGAUGCGAUCCUGACGGCCCUCGGCCGGAAGGAAAAUGCACCAACUUGCCAGACGGUCUUGUAAUUGCCUUCAGCGUGUGUGUCGUGUUGAUGGUGUCCGUGCAUCUGCUGGCCCUCAUGAUCUCCAUCUGCAUCCUGCCGUAUGUCGAUAUCGUCGUCUCUCUCGGCAUCGUAGACUCCGGCGGAAACCUGCACGGCUCCAAGGGCAAUUUUUCCGAAUCGCCUCACAUUAAAAUGCACGGGUUCAUUGAGGCUUCAUGGAUCAUGUCAAAUAUUCUGGGACUCCUGAUAUUUAUGGUCUUUAUGGGUCUUCUGAGUUGGAUUAAAUUCCUGGAUUACUCGCGAAAUGCUGCAGUUGGCUCAACAACGAUACUGGUGCCGUUUCUCAUUAUUUUUACAGCGUUUGCCAUACAUUUUUAUUAUAAGUUAGUUAAACACAAAGUGAAAAGUGCAGGGAAAAGUUUGAAUGAAAUUGCAGUCGGAUUGGAGGAGUUGCAGAAAUAUGGAUCAACUUAUUCCAUUCAAAUUGUGUGAUUGUCUUGCUUUUAUUUGACUAGAUUCAUAAUUUACCUGAGGGCCACCAGCUCUUGGGGUCCUCGAUAGGGAGAGGUUGUCGCCAUCUCGUCAAAAAGUCCACGCAGAAGAGAAGGUAGACAUUUCUGCCAAGCUCUUGACGAUCAGUGUAUGUGAUAUCUAGAUUUUAAGUCUCCUUCAAAACAUCGUUUAUUAAUCUGUCUAUUGUGAAAUCAGUUGCCAUUAGCGUAAUAUUUGCACAGUAGCGUUGUCUAUAACCCAAGUGAUGAUGUUUUGGUCGGUCCUGAACCCUCUCAAGUCGCAAGUUUAGUUCACUUUAGUUAAUUUAUUGUGCACCUCCUGAGCCAGACCUGAAGACGGGUAAAUUGGCCUUUGUAACUUCACUUUUUCCAUUACCGCUCGCAGGAUGGGUAUGGAUGGGUGUCCACCCACUAGAAAAUGAAGGGACGACGACGUUUCGGUCCGUCCUGGAUCAUUCUCAAGUCGAUCACAAUCGACUUCUAGUGUGUGGUCUGGUCAACAUA